CUUUGGUACAAGCCCCAUUCAUAGUAGGUCCAGGAAGCAAGGUCUGUAAGGGUGAGUGGUGGCUGGGUGGUAAGGGAUCGAAGAAAAUGUGUUCCACAGUGAAGUUCAGGAAUGUUCAGUAUGUCCUGUGGAGCGCUCUCCUGGGCGGGGCUCUGACUCAUUCCUCCAGCAUAGGUUCCAGGUCAGGACGUCGAGACGGAGCUCUGGGCAGCUAGGAGUUCUGGGUGGGACCCUGGAGAGAGAGCGGAGGAACGAAGAGAGAGGCGAGCGGCCCUUUGCGGGAAUAGAGCGGCUCCCUCUACUGGCAAACUCGGAGAGGCACCGUGUGUUUCCGGGUAUCUGUGUGUCACUGUGUCACAGGGCUGUCACAGGUGUGUCAGCCGGCGUCAGGGUCAGCGUUUGUCGGUGGACGUGCUGGCGUGGGUACGGUGUGUGAAGAUGGCUGAUUGUGUCUCACUGUGGGUGUGCCAGCUCCACGCUGGGCUUUUUCUGGAAACACAAACGAACAGAUCUUCCUCCUGGCGCUCUUCACCAGCUCGUGCCCUAGCCGGAGAAGAUAACAUCAGCACUUGCCCUCAAGGAGCAUAUCCAGUGGGAACAAUGAAACAACAAAGGAUUCUAAAUGAUGAAAUGAUGCAGUCUACGCAGUCAGUGCAGGAUGCCUCCUUAGACAUGAUGGAGAAUGGGAAAACUGGCCUGGGUCUGGAGAGAGAGGUCAGUUGCCAAAUAUAAACUCCGAAUAACUCAUCCACCUGUAUUGCCUCUGGAAAAGAAACCCAACCCUGAUGGAGAUGGUCCGGAGACUGAACCCAACCUGUGGAUGUGGGUAAAUCCCAAUAUUGUGUACCCUUCCGGCAAGCUGGAGGUCAGAGAUCCUACAAAGAAAGCAGAUGUGACAAGCGAGCCCCCCUGCCCUCAGCCAUCCCUGGAAAAGCAAGAUGCCAGUGGCUCAGAGGGUGCAGGGGUGGACUCGAUGCUGCCCUCCUGCAAGGAACAGUUGCCCCCUCAGAAGUGGAAGUGGCUCGCCUUUCCCCCUGGUGACAGGGAGCUCACAGAAGAGGAGGAGGCUGAGGACCAGGAUGACAGCUCCUCUGUGGCUCUCCUAUCCCCUCUCACAAGGGCCUCCCUCCAGAGUCGGAGGCUGCAGCAAACCAUCAGCCUGGAGGGGAGGCUAUGGUCCCGACCCCCUCUCAAUUACUUCCACCUAAUUGCCCUGGCACUAAGCAACAGUCCCCCCUGUGGCCUCAACGUGCAACAGAUCUACAGUUUCACUCGACAGCACUUCCCUUUCUUCCGGACUGCUCCAGAAGGCUGGAAGAAUACAAUCCGUCACAAUCUCUGUUUUCGAGACAGCUUUCAGAAAGUGCCGGUCAGUAUGCAGGGGGAGGCCAGCCCCCGGCCUCGAUCCUGCCUCUGGAAGUUGACUGAGGAGGGACGCCGCCGCUUUGCGGAGGAGGCCCGCGCCUUGGCUUCCACUCGGCUGGAAAGUAUCCAGCAGUGCAUGAGCCAGCCAGAUGUGAUGCCCUUCCUCUUUGACCUGUAAGAAACAAGAGUCAUCGGCCGUGCCUUAUUAAACUUUCCAACAGCAGCCUCUGCGUGCUUGUGUUUGCGUGCGUGUGCGUGUCUGCGUGGGGGGUGCUCGAGGUGGGCUCAGGACAGGAGUAUAGUUCAGCUCCAAAGGUGGAAUGAGGGCCUCCGGAAGUGUGGGUGGCUCCCACGGCAACAGGGCAGUUGCUAGCGUGCAGUCAUGGGGACGGGUGUGUCUGUGCCUUUCAUUCCUUUUCGGAUCCGGGCCUGACUUCUGUGUUCCCAGCUUACGAAGAUCAGAGGAGAUGCUGGCUCGUAGCUAGCGCCACCACUCGUACACAGUUAGCAUCCACUGAGGGCUGCUGGGGACCCAGCAAGGCUCAGAAGACAGGCCCUUUGAGGACCCGCGGUCAGGAGGAGAGGAAGCCCUGGAGAAGGCCUUCAGUUCAGGGAACUGCGGCCUUCAUUAUGUGUGUGGUGCUAGGGAUUGAGCUUCAGGCAUGCUAAGCAUAGUCCACAACUGAGCUGCAUCUCCAGCCCUGUUUGAUCUUUGUGUGUGUUUUGUUUGUUGGUUG